GUGAUCCAUCCACCCAGUUACUUGUAACCAGACGAGCAGGAAAAGCAGAGCAAACGCCUCCAGGCUUGCACAAAUUGCGUGGAUGGAGAACCUUCAUAGGCGCGCGUGCACAUCUGCAUACUUUGAAUCCGAUUUGGAAAGCGCAGCGUGAACGCGCUUGCUCCAUUGCAACCGGCGAAGCCGCAGCGACCGAGCGAGCGACCGAGCGGGCGGGCGCACACUCAUCAUGGCAUCCGCAAUGAAUUGCACUCCAUUUCUCCUAGUUUGUAUUUAUUCCUUCUUGUUUUCUUCUGUAUUUUGCGAUGAAAACGAUACAAGCGAUCCAGCAGUGGAGCACGCCAAGCACACGUACACGGUGGAAAUGUUCAACGAGGCAGUUCCAACCGCACCGCACUUUGUCAUGUUUUACGCCCCAUGGUGUGGCCAUUGUAAGAACCUGCAGCCAACGUGGAAUGAAUUGGCAGAUAAGUACAACAACAUGGAUGACACUCCGGCCUACGUGGUAAAAGUCAACUGUGUCCAGGACACCAAGUUUUGCUCCAAAGACCACAACAUAAGAGGCUAUCCCUCACUGGUCUUGUACAAGCCCGAACAGAAACCUAUCAAGUACCAAGGACCGAGAACUCUAGAGCUUCUCGAGGAGUGGAUGUUGAGUACGCUCGAGAUGGACCCUGCUGAAGUAGAAACUGCACAGGGGCAACCUGGAGUUCCCCCAGAGCCCAAAGAUGGCAUGUACGAACUUGCCACCUCCAACUUUAAGGAUCAUGUUUCGAAAGGUUUUCAUUUUGUCGAGUUCUACGCUCCAUGGUGUGGCCACUGCAAAGCCUUGGCUCCUACCUGGGAACAGAUGGCCUCCACCUUUGAGCAUUCUGAGGAGGUCAAAAUCGGAAAGCUGGACUGCACACAACACCAUGAUAUGUGUAUAGCGUUCAAAGUGCGGGGAUAUCCCACACUGCUCUUCUUCAAGGGAGGUAAGAAGAUUGAGAUCACACCUUUCAAGGGGAAGAGAGACUAUGACACCCUCAAAAGCUUUGUGGACGAGAUGGUGAUCGCUGCAAAGGCCAAACUCGAAGAAGCUGAUGAAGACAAGGAGGAGCCUGAGAAUGAUGAAGAAAAAAGAGACGUAGAGGAGACAAAAGAGGUCAAAGAAGAAGUCAAGGAGGAGGUAGAAGUCAAGGAAGAAGUGGCCGAGGAGGAGGUGAAGUCCAACGUCCUCAAGCUGACAGAAGACAACUUUGACGAGACCAUCGCCAAAGGAUUGACUUUUGUCAAAUUCUUUGCUCCAUGGUGCGGCCACUGUAAACAUCUGGCUCCAGUGUGGGAGGAUCUUUCCACUCAGGACUUUCCUGCUCAGACCAACGUCAAGAUUGCCAAGGUGGAUUGCACGGUGGAGCGCACGCUCUGCAAUAAGUACUCUGUGCAAGGUUACCCCACCUUGAUAAUGUUCAGCGCCGGGAUGCAGGGCGCCGAGUACAACGGCCCGCGGGACCUGGAAAAGCUGCACGACUUUGUGAAGAAGCAGGUGAGGGAUGAGCUGUAAGUGUCGGCGCCCGUCCCUCGGAGCAGCAUUUGCGGCGGCGGCGGCAGCAGCAGCAAGCUGUGUCCUGCACCGGCCAAACCUUCCUCUCCUUUUCCUGUGUUGACACAACAAUUCUGGGUGGUUAGGUACGUGAAUGUAGUUCUCAUUCUUGGGUCUUUGAAGCCACUUUUGGAAGUUUCUUAUUUCCUGACAUUGCCACGUUUCCUUCGUUUUUUUUUUUUUUUUUUUUAGUACUUGGGAUCAGUUAUUCAAGUGCAAGCCAUUAUUUGAUGUUGAGUGUUACCUCUGAGCCACACCAGUGCUUUUGUGACUUAACUCUCAGGGACAAAGCUCAGUGAGCUCGGGAGCUCCUCACAGGAGUCUGACAUAAAGACGUAACUACAAGUCAGCUCCUCCAUGGUGCCCCAUAAGAUCCAUUUUUUUAAACCAGAAUCUAGUUUCUGCUCCUCCUGUUGAACCCGAAUGGUACUAGAAGGCUUUAUGGACCUGCAUAGAAUGACGAGCCACUAACGGUGUGGUUUUAAAAUAGCCUUAUUGUUUUUGUACUUGUCAAAGGAAGUGUUUUCUGUGGCCCAGUGGGGUCAAAGCACUGAAUUAGUUCCUAAAAACAUUGAAUACUCCAUCGAUAAAUAAAAGCACUCUUUUAGCUCCACAUGCUGAAACCGUUUGAGAAACUGUGUGUGUGUGUGUGAGAAUGAGAUGUGGCGCACAUGUUGCUCCUUGACACCACUUCAUGUGACAAUGUAAAAGCAGGUAACACACAUAAAGCAGAUUUUGCCAGUAAAUCUUUAUGGAAAGCACAUGGUCUGAAGGAACUCCUUUUUUGUGUGUUAUGCAGUCAUGGCUUGUGCACUGCCCAUGGAUUUGUACAAAACUAGCCAUGGCAAGUUGUAACAUAAAAUUUCAUAAUAAAAGAAAUGUCAAAGUAAA